GAUAUAAACAUGUCGGGGGUGAACAGUGAUCAGCUGCAUCGCGCGACCUUGGGGAUUUACUCAGGCUUGAUGGAUGACUUCAACCCAAGCCUACAGAAACUGGUUUCACUGGGAAACAGCUACGUCCAAGCUUUCCAGGCUCUUGCAGUAACAAGCGAGGCCUACUUCAGUGCACUUUCAAAGAUUGGCGAGCAGGCUUUCCAAACCAUGUCCUCACGCUCCAUAGGAGAUAUUCUGAUUCAGAUAUGUGAGAGCCAAAGCAGACUCACCAUGGAGAUGAAGGGAGUAUUCCGCUGGUUCAGCAUGGAGGUUCUUCAGGAGAUGGAAAAUAACAUUAGACUUGACAUAGACUACAUAUCAGGCAGUAGAAAGCACUAUGAGAUGGAAGUCCACAAUCAGGCAGCAGCUCUGGAUAGACAGCUAAGCAGAGGAAUUAACCAGGAUUGUAGUGAGUAUGUGCGGUUCCUCAGGGAGAGCCAUGGUGAGGCUAUGAAAGAGGAGGAGAGGCGAUAUCGCUUCCUGGCUGAGAAACACUGUGGCCUGGUACAGUCCAUCACCCACCUCAUGAAUAAGACAGGGGGUUCUCUCCAGCAGAGAGCGGAUGCCUGGACACAGGAUGUGGACGCCACCAGAAGACCUGAGGCCAGACGGCCCACCACACUUGACAACACUAUGGGGAUGAGGGAGGAGAUCGGGAAGAGCAGAGAAGAGCAGCCCCUAGGUUUCAUACCAUCAAGACCCCCAUCUCCCUAUGGAGGCAUGUCUCGCUCUGGAGAUUCAGCUGGAGGUGGUGGUGGUGUUGGUGGAGGAAGAUCCAUGAGGGCCCUGGUGGCCCACCAGCCUAGUGGCUCCAAACCCACCCUGCUGCCCUUCACCAGGGGAGAGAUGAUCACUGUGCCAGUCCAACAGCCCAAGAACGGCUGGCUGUUUGGACGUUCUGACAGCAGUUCACGUCAGGGAUGGUUCCCAGCUUCCUACGUGGAAGCAGUGGAGGAUUUUCCAAAGUCAACUAGCUCCAGUACUUCCACUCUCCGAAGCAGCAGCAGCAUGAGCAACCUGUUCAACCAAGCAGGAAACAGCAGCCAGAACGGAGCCCCGCCCCCUCCGCCUCCACCUCCGCCAUAUAUGUCUUCAAAUAAAUACUCUGAGAUGCAACCAGUCACUCCCACCCUUGACAGAAGGGCAGAGUCGCAUUCAGAAAACAAGAGAUCACAACCUCAUGGAUCACAACCAGAACUCUUCCCGAGGGGUACCAACCCAUUUGCUACAGUUAAGCUGAAGCCCACGUUGACCAAUGACAGAUCUGGCCCGCGUUUACAUCGCUGAUUCAUUUCUGACCUUGGAAACAGCAGUGCAGUAUGUGUGGCCAAAAAGCUAAGCUAAGCAAGUCCACAUUGAGUGGAGAUUGUUUUGACAUUCUUCCGUUUGCCGUAAUGUCCUCCUACACCAAGUAGGAAAAGGGGACAUUAAGUUGAAUAAAUAUUCUAGGAUUCUUGGGUGUGCAAGCACUGUAGAUAUACAUUUUGUAGAUCUCGGUAAACCAACCAACCACCAUCUAUUCAUGUUUUUUGUUGUCCAUAAUGUCCAUGUUGAUUUUUACAUGAUUGAUUCUGGUUUUGUGAUCAGUAAAAUGCUAAUAAUGAAUCACUGUGAUACUAAUGUGUGCAACAUAAACCAAUAUGUGCAUUGAUCUUACCUUGUCUUAUAUGAUCAUUCCCUCUCUGAGAUAUAUGAUAUAUUGACAUUGAAAUCUUCUCUGACAAGAAAUGACACUUGAAUGACUUUAUUUGGCAACAAAUGAUUACUGUCUAUGAAAUGUAUAUAAUGUACAGCUGAUGUUAGGAAUUGGUGGCAAAAUGUUGUCAGGUAAGAUGUUAAAGCUCAGGGAAGGAGCCAUGUACUGUAUGUAGCUGCUUCAAACAUCUUUUUUUACGUCUUUAUUGCCAUUGUAUUGUGUCUCUGCCAUUUUUCUCGACGUGGUCUACUAAAUUAAGUCCAUAACCGAAUGUUAAUUACAUUACAAAUGUACUUUGGAAAAAUGGCUUGUAGAAAUAUGAUGAUGUAACCUCUGGCAGAGAGUGUAAUAUCUCGUAAAAAUAGGAUAAAAUGUCAGCGGCAGAACUGCAAUGAAUAAUGCAAUGCAUUCAUGGUUAAUGUAAUAUCAUCUUAAUAGCAUCAUAUUAUUCCUUUGUGUAUCACUCAAUAAGCAAAUGACAUAUUGAACUGAUGGCAUAAUGAUAAUAUUGCUCUAUAAUGUGAAAUAGUAAC